AUGUCGACAGCAAGUAGUAAAAAGAAGCCGCAAAUUGUCGUAUGUCAAAAAUGCGAUAUUUUAUUGUUGGCCAAAGACACACAAAGGCAUCAGGAUUUUUGUGGAGUAAAAGCUGAAAAUUGUAGAGAAUCUGAAAAAGAAAUCGCUGAAAUUGAUGCGAAGCGACAAAAAUUGCGAGGAUUCAAUACGUCGAUUGAAAAAGCUUCGACUUUUUUGCCGCCAGAUGCUGUUGGAUGGGAAAAGGUAGGCUAUGACGUGGCGAACUUACAGUAUUAUGAACCAUGUGGCCGCUGAAGCGGAAGAUAGUACCGCUGACGCGGAAGCUUGCGGUUUACACUCGCUUCGCUCGAAAAAUCGAUUUUCUCGUGCCAUUUUUCCGAGCGAAGCGAGUGUAAACCGCAAGCUUCCGCGUCAGCGGCACUAUCUUCCGCUUCAGCGGCCACGUGGCUUUUGGAUACUAUACGUGUGCCACGUCAUAGCCAUCCACGUGGCCGCUGACGCGGAAGCUUGCGGUUUACACUCGCUUCGCUCGAAAAAUCGAAUUUCUCAUGCCGGAUCUGAAAAUUUCAGUGAAAACCAAGAUAAUUUUUGAGUUUUCACUGAAAUUUUGAGAUCCCGCGCAGGAAAAUCUAUCGCCAAUUUUUUUUCGAGCGAAGCGAGUGUAAACCGCAAGCUUCCGCGUUAGCGGCACUAUCUUCCGCUUCAGCGGAUGGUUUAUGACGUGGCGAACUUACAAUAUCAUGAACCACGUGGCCGCUGAAGCGGAAGCUUGCGGUUUACACUCGCUCCGCUCGAAAAAUUGAUUUUCUCAUGCCGGAUCUGAAAAUUUCAGUUAAAACAAAGAGUACAGAAGUAUUAUUGAAAAAAAUAUUCGAUAAAAAAUUAUAUCAAAAUUUUGAAACGUAUUUUUUUUGUUUUUGAAAAAUUCGAAUUUUUGAAUCAAAAUUUUACUCAAAAAGCCGAAAUGAAGCAAUUUUGAGCUCAAAUUUUAUCAAAAAUGUAGAUUAUCAAUUUAUUUUCCGAGCGGAGCGAGUGUAAACCGCAAGCUUAUCCGCGUUAGCGGCCACGUGGUUUAUGAUACUGUAAGUUCGCCACGUCAUAGCCACCGCUGAAGCGGAAGAUAGUGCCGCUAACGCGGAAGCUUGCGGUCUACACUCGCUCCGCUCGAAAAAUUGAUUUUCUCAUGCCGGAUCUGAAAAUUUCAGUGAAAACCAAGAUUUUUUUUGAGUUUUCACUGAAAUUUUGAGAUCCCGCGCAGGCAAAUCUAUCGUCAAUUUUUUUUCGAGCUUAGCGAGUGUAAACCGCAAGCUUCCGCGUUAGCGGCACUAUCUUCCGCUUCAGCGGCCACGUGGUUUAUGACACUGUAAUUCCGCCACGUCAUAGCCAUCUACGUGGCCGCUGAAGCGGUGUUCCGCAAGCUUCCGCGUCCACAGUAACCCUCAUUUUUAAAGGAACAUUCAAUUCUUCUCAACCCAACAACCAUGGAAAAUCUAGAGAUUCAGGCGAGAAGCCCAGUUCGAAUUUUAUAUGAGAAUUUGAGUUUUAUUGGAGUGGUUUGGCCGUGUAAAGAGGUGAGUAAUUAGCGAAUUUUAAUUAAUUAAUUACCCAAUUAAUUAAAUUCAAGGUUGCUCUUCUCAAAAUCCACGUCAUAAGCCAAAUUAUUCCACGUGAACGUAUGAUUACUGUAGAAAAACUGGAAAACUUGGAAAAAUGCCAAAAUUUGAGUGUGGAAGUUAGGGGAACUCUGAGAUCUUCUGAAGCAUUGAGAGAGUUUUUAGAGGUGAGCUGAAAAUUUCAAAUUUUCGAGCUGAAAAAAUUUCAGAUGUACUUCUCACAUUCAUAUUUGGCGGCUGAAAAUUGGCUGGAAAUUCGGUAUUUGGGACAGAAAUUGGCGGUUUUGCCCAAAAUUGGAUUCGAGGCUGAAAUGAGCAAUUUGAGAUUGGAUGGGGCUCCAAAUCCGGCUCAAAUUCUAGCGCCAAAAAUUGGAUAUCGAUUGGAAAUUCUGGAAUUUUCGUCCACAGCUUCUCCGUCUGAAAAUUUGUCUGAAAUUGGAGGAAUGUUUGAAGUUUUGCGGAUUUUUGACACUUAUUUAUUAGCGCCUUUGAAGAAUUCUGAAAUGCCGUGUUCGAUUUUGGUUUGGGGAUUGGCGGGAAGUGGAAAAACGACGAUUUUGAGGAAAAUGGCCACGAUUUUGAGAGCCACAUAUGUUAAGGUACUGUAGUUUUUGGCGGGAAAUUUUACAGUAAUCCUGUUCGUUUUAGGGGCCUUUUGUAGAUCAAAUUUCUGGCCAAAGAAAUCUACAGUAAUCCUAGAAUUUUGGGGGCGAAAAAGCUACAGUAAUCCUAGAAUAAUUCUAAAUUUUGUAGAUCAAAUUUAUGCAGCUGAAAAUCUACAGUAAUCCUAGAAUUUUUUGAGAGAAAAAGCUACAGUAACCCUAGAAUAGUUCCACAUUUCAGGCCAAAGAAAUCUACAGUAAUCCUAGAAUUUUUGAAGAGAAAAAGCUACAGUAAUCCUAGAAUAGUUCCAAAUUUUGUAGAUCAAAUUUCAGGCCAUAGAAAUCUACAGUAAUCCUAGAAUUUUUGGAGAGAAAAAGCUACAGUAACCCUAGAAUAGUUGCAAAUUUCAGGCCGAAGAAAUCUACAGUAAUCCUAGAAUUUUUGGAGAGAAAAAGCUACAGUAACCCUAGAAUAGUUCCAAAUUUUGUAGAUCAAAUUUCUACAGUAAUCCUAGAAUUCUUGGAGCCAAAAAUUUUAAAUUUCAAAAUUUAAUUUUCAAACGUGACCUUUUUUCUAUUUUUUUUCGAAAAAUUCAAAUUUUCAGAAUUGCGAAGAAUUGUCUGAAAUUGUCGGAAGUCCCUCAAUCAUUUUUCUGGAUUUGAACGAAAUUGACAAGGAAAAUCAAAAGGCUGUGAAAAAUUUGAACGAAUUUCUGCAAAAUGAAAAUGUGAGUCACUUUUUGAAAUUUUUUUUUCAAUUUUUCAGCAAAAAAAUCUGGAAAAUUUACAGAUUUGCGUGAUUUUAUCGGUUAGAUCUGCUGAAAAUUUGGAUAUUGGAGUGAGAGUCAGAUUUCCGGUUGAGGUAGGAUUUUUGGGCCUAUUUUAGGCCUUUUUAUCUGAAAAGGUCUUAAUUUUUAGGCCUAUUUCAAGCCUAGAUCUCAGGCCUUAAAAAACUAGGCCUAAGCCCAAAAAAUCCCCAAUUUUUCAGGCUGAAAUCACAGUUCCAACACAAGAAGAGCGAUUUGAUAUUCUCCAAAAAUUGGCGCCAAAUUUGAGCCCCGAAAUUGCGCGCGAAAUCUCAAAAACAACUCACGGAUUCACGGGCGGCGACUUGGUUUCUCUAUUAAAAACCGCCAAAUUCUCGAAGCAAAAUAGUGAGAUUGGAAGGUUUGAAGAGGCGCGGAAAAGGAUUCGACCCACUGGAAUUCGACAAUUUAUUCUGGAGGUGGGAAAUUUUUGAAAUUUUCGGAUUCCCUGUAGAAUUUGAGGAUUUUAGACACCCCACAUGGUAUAUUUUCCUUCAAAAAAAAAAUUAUAGUUUUUUUUCGUGGCUGAAAAUUUCAGAACUGAGAUUUCGAGCUAAUUUCAGCUCCUGAGACCUAUAUUUUCGGAUUUCCGGUGAAAUUUCGAGUUUUUAGACACCCCACAUGAUAUAUUUUUCUGAAACAGUAAUUUUCGAGAUUUUUUAAAGGCUGAAAAUUUCAGAACUGGGAUUUCGAGCUAAUUUCAGCCGCCAAAACUUUCAUUUUCAGAUUUCCCACGAAAUUUGGGGAUUUUAGACACCCCACAUGAUAUAUUUUUCUGAAAAAAUGAUUUUCGGUUUUUUUAGUGACUGAAAAUUUCAAAACUGGAUUUUCUGUCUAAAUUGAGGCCCCAAGACCUUUAUUUUUGGAUUUCCCGUGAAAUUUAAGGAUUUUAGACACCCAUAUUAGCCAGGUUUUCACGAUUUUUGAAAACCGCGCCGCAGCCGGCAUACGCGGCGCGGUUUUCGAAAAUCAUGGAAACCACGUCAAUAUGGGUGUCUAAAAACUCGAAAUUGUAUGGGGAAUCUGAAAAUCAGAAUGAAAUCUCUGGAAAAAUUUAGGUUCUGUAAUUUUUUGGCUGAAAAUUUGCAGGUUCCAAAUGUGAGUUGGGCGGAUAUUGGUGGAAUGCACGAAUUGAAACUCGAAAUUCAACAAGCAGUUAUUUGGCCACAAAAACAUCCGGAAGCAUUUGAGAGAUUUGGAAUUGAUCCACCAGCUGGUUAG